AUGCCGCUGUCGCCGCCUGUCGUUGCUUCUUCAGGGGGGGGGGCUUGCCAACCCCAAAUUUGGAUGCACCCUCACAAGCAAACCAGGGACGCCAGUGACCGUUUAGGCAAAGGGCACAUUGUUCCUGCAGCUCUUGGCACAUUACCACCCUCCCCUGGUGCCUCCCAACCAAUUAGCAUGAUGCUCGAGAUGGAGAAAGUGCCCGAGCGAACCACCAUUACCCGGCCGAGACCACGCGCAGUCCACGGCCCAGACGGCAACGCAUGGGGACGCAUAAUGCUGUGUAGUUCCCCAAAGAUGCAUCGUCUCUCGUUUCAGUCACUCCUUGCCAUCUCGGCUCUGGUGUCGGGCAUCGCCGCCAACGGGAAAGCGGACGGAGACCACCAGGCCGUCACCGUCGUGGUCAGUCGGACCCUCACGACCUGCCCGUCUCCGAGUCCCCCCCCGCCGUGCUCCUCGCCCGCCGGGUCCGGAUCUCUCUCACCGAGCUCAACCGCCGGCUCAUCCAGUGCCGACAGCUCAUCCGCCCCGUCCAGCUCGCAACCUAGCUCGUCCAGCACCCGCAGCACAGCCACCAGCAGCGCCGGUACUCCUGCCUGCACUGACUUCUGGCUCGAGAAGAUCAAGCACCAGGGCGUAGCGCCCUUUGGCGGCCCAGACUACGACGUCUUCCGCAACGUCAAGGACUACGGCGCCAAGGGCGAUGGCGUCUCGGACGACACUGACGCCAUCAACCGGGCCAUUAGCGAGGGGAAGCGUUGCGGCCCCGGCUGCACUGGCAGCACCAAGACGCCGGGCCUCGUCUACUUCCCGCCUGGCACCUACAUGGUGUCGUCGCCCAUCGUCGACUUCUACUACACCCAGCUGAUCGGCAACCCCGGAUGCAUGCCCGUGCUCAAGGCCACCUCUGACUUCACCGGACGCUGGCUCCUCGACACCAACGAGUAUGGUGCCAACGGACUCUCAUGGGGCGCCACCAAUGUGUUCUGGCGCCAAGUGGCCAAUCUCGUUAUCGACAUCACCAACGUCUCCCCUGAGACUCUGAUCUCGGGCAUCCACUGGCCCAGCUCGCAGGCCACGUCCUUGUCCAACAUCGUCUUCCGGUCGUCCGAGGCCAAGGGCAACCUGCACCAAGGCUUGUUUAUCGAGGAAGGGUCUGGCGGUUACAUGGGCGAUCUCGUCUUCUUCGGCGGUGCCCAGGCCAUGUCCAUCGGCAACCAGCAGUUCACCAUGCGCAACAUCACCGUCCACAACGCCAAGACGGCCAUCCAGCAGCUGUGGUCGUGGGGCUGGACGUACAAGGGCGUGAGCAUCAACAACUGCGAGGUCGGCUUCGACUUCACCGCCGCCGACCAGGGGAACCUGAACGUGGGGUCCAUCACCAUCCUCGACAGCGAGAUCAAGAACACUCCCGUGGGUAUCACCUACGGCAGCCCCAACGCCACCGGCCCCGCCGUCGCCAACAACUUCAUCUUUGAGAACCUGCGGCUGGACAACGUGCCGACCGCCAUCCGCGGCCCCUCAGGCACCGAGCUCGCCGGCUCGUCCGGUACGUCUGUGAUCGAAGCCUGGGGCCGCGGCAACGAGUACACGGCGUCCUCCGGCCCGACCUUCUUCGAGGGGCCCAUCCAGUCCAACCAGCGGCCGGCCUCCCUCGUCGCGGGCACCGCCUUCUACGAACGAUCCAAGCCGCAGUACGAGAACGUCCCCCUCUCCGAGUUCGUCAGCGCCCGAUCCGCCGGCGCCAAAGGCGACGCCACCACUGACGACACCGACGCCCUCAACACCCUCUUCGCGUCCGCCGCCGCCGCCAACAAGAUCGUCUUCCUCGACGCCGGCAUGUACCUCGUCACCCAAACCCUGCACAUCCCCCCCGGCUCCCGCAUCGUCGGCGAAGCCUUCCCCGUGAUCCUCUCCUCCGGCGCCUUCUUCGCCUCGGCCGCCUCCCCCCAGCCCGUCAUCCAAGUCGGCAGCAACCCCUCCACCACCACCACCACCACCACCGGCCGCAUCGAAUGGUCCAACACCAUCGUCUCCACGCGCGGCUCCCAGCCCGGCGCCAUCCUCAUCCAGUACAACCUGGCCUCCCCCGCCGACGCCCCCUCCGGCCUCUGGGACGUCCACACCCGCAUCGGCGGCUUCGCCGGCUCCGACCUGCAGCUCGCCCAGUGCGCCAAGUCCCCCAACACCACCGUCACGGGCAACGUCCCGGCUGAUUGCGUUGCUGCCUUCAUGAGCAUGCACAUCACCGCGUCGGCGGCCAGCUUGUACAUGGAAAACUGCUGGAUUUGGGUGGCGGACCAUGAUAUUGAGGAGGGCGCCGAUAAUCAGCAGAUUACGGUCUAUGCCGGCCGCGGGUUGUUGGUUGAGAACAGCAAGGGUCCGCUGUGGUUGGUGGGGACCAGUGUCGAGCACCAUCAGUUCUAUGAGUACCAGUUUGUGGGGGCCAGGGAUGUGUUUAUGGGCCAGAUCCAGACCGAGACGGCGUAUUAUCAGCCGAAUCCUGAUGCGCGGCUGCCGUUUGCGGUGGAUGAGCGGUAUGCGGAUCCGGUGUUUGAGGAAGGGGAGUCCGGGUGGGGGUUGAGGGUGGUGGAUAGUGAGGGGUUGGUGGUGUAUGGCGCGGGGCUGUACAGUUUCUUUGAUAACUAUGAUGUGAACUGCAGUCAGAUUGGGGAGGGGGCGACGUGCCAGAAGAGGAUCUUCAGUGUGGAGGGGAAGAGCCAGGUCAGGGUUUAUAACCUGAACACGGUGGGAACCAACAAGAUGGUGACGGUGGGUGGGGUGGAUGUGGCGAAUUAUGAGGACAACAUUGAUGGGUUUGUCCAUACGAUUGCGCUGUUUGGGGUGGAUGCGUAG